UCCAAUCUGAGCUCUCCGGCUGAAAGGGUUCCGUCCUCUUUUCUCAAUGGCAAACCAGCACUUCCAGCCCUACUUGCAGCCCCACUUCCAGCCAGAGUUCAUACCCUUGCAAGUGGGCGCAUGUAUACCACCGGGCGGACCUGGAGAAAUUCAAACCGUGGCCCCAACGCCAGUGCGGGACUACAUUGUGUGGUCUCUCUGCAGCUUCGUCUACUUGAACCCCUGCUGCCUGGGACUGGCCGCCCUCAUCUACUCCAUCAAGGCCCGUGAUCGAAAGUUCAUCGGGGACUUGGAGGGAGCGCAAAUGUACCAGUCCAAAGCCCACUGCUUCAACUGCUGUGCCUUGUGUAUGAGCUUAAUCCUUGGGGUGGGCUUGAUCCUCCUCGUCGCCACUGGCACUCUGAGCUUCAAAUUCCUUGUCAAUUUGCGCAUAUGAGUUACGGCGACUAGAGGGAAAGUCGAGACGACGUUCCAUCUCUUUGAGCAAAAUUUACCACGUGGAGCCCUCAGUGUGUGCCAUCUUCAAUAUCUUCCAUGUGUAGAGUUGUGAAUGUGUGUAGUUUUCAUCACAUAGCCAUUAACACAUAGAGGUGGCAAUGUCUGGUUAACGUGGCGUCAACAAGGCGUAGAUUCACUGUAUAGUCAUGUUUCCACCUUUUGUAAACUCAACACCUGUUGAAAAACGUUACUUUGACCCAAUUCUGUAAACAAAUAAAGUGCCGUCACAAGUUGUUUGGGUUCCUUCGCACACUUGUGGGUCUUGUAUCAAAUGGUUGCGGUAGCUCAAUUUUCUCCAGUGAACUUGCAUUAUUGCCCAUACUUGAGCACAAUUGUGUAAUUUUCUUCAUGUGCUGCAACGGGCUGGGUGGCGAAAUGACUUCCCACCAACAUCGGCAACAUCACAGCAACUGCUUCUGCGGACAAUAAACAAUUCUUCGCUGGCCUCCCUCCAGCUCAUUAAAACAACCCUUCACUCCAGUGCUACCAUGGCAGAACUCAGGGGUUUUGCCUUAACCAACAUU